CUUAUUGCCAAUUUCUUUCUUCCUUCUCCCUCUCAAACCACCCACAUAUCUUUACAGCUCUCUCACCAAUGGAAAAUAAUCCAAAAAGGCGCAAAAUUACGCGACCAUCAUCUGGCCUAACUACCUUGCGCAAAAGUACAGACAUCGUAUGCAGUCCGUAUUAUGACUACAAAGGCUCUUUCGGCCUCAGUCUCUUGCAUACCGUGCCGAAUCCCGCAGUGGAUUUGAUUUUUGUGCAUGGCCUGGGGGGAGGUUCGCGGCAGACAUGGUCGAAGACCUCUGAGCCCUAUCAUCACUGGCCUCAAGACUGGCUGUCGCGAGAUCCCGAUUUCAGCCGAGCUCGAGUGCAUAGUUUUGGCUAUCAGGCUGACUGGCUGGCCUGGAAGACCAGUCCGGGGAGAAUCGACAGCUUUGCUCAAUUUCUUCUCAAGUCAAUCAAGUCCAACUUAGACAUAUGUCGGAGCAACUCGAAGAUUGUUAUAAUUUCGCAUAGUAUGGGUGGUCUUGUGACCAAAAAGGCAUAUCUCCUCGCCCGGGAUGACCCUCAGUUGCGAGAGGUAGUCAGCAGAUUUCAUUCAUUUCACUUUCUGGCAACCCCUCAUAAUGGCUCGGACUUUGCAAGACCACUCAGUAGGGUCCUGAAUGCCUACUUUAGCACCCAAGACUUUAUGGAAGACCUUGAGCGCGAGGCUGAAGCGGCUCAGCUGAUCAACAAUGCGUUUCGACAAUUUGCGGAUGAUUUCCAAAUAUGGUCUUUCUAUGAGAGGCAAACUUCCGAAAUCGCCAUUUACAAUGUUCCUGUCGUCAACCAAGCUUCCGCUACUCUGGGAUCUCGCCAGGAAAGGUGUUUGCUUCUGAAUCGAGGCCAUAAGGAGCUAUGCCACUUUGACCACUCAAGUGAUCUGGAUUACCGGGCGCUGCGGAAUGCGUUAGCCGACACCAUUGAUUCGAUUCUGGCUGAAAUCCCAGAACCACUAUCCGAGGCAGCCAAGAAGCAAUGCGUGAGAAUGAUGGACCUCACCGGUAUCGCCGAGCCCCCGAUGGACGACCAUAUUUCUUUACGACAUAUGAGGGCCCCUGGAUCAUGUAGAUGGCUGGAAGCGAAGGACGAAUAUGCGACAUGGAAGUCGGAGCGGCCUAGCAAACCAAUCUUCUGGCUCACGGGCAGCGUGGGCGCAGGGAAAUCAGUCUUGUCAAGUUCCGUCAUCGAUGACUUGACAGGGGACACUGUUCGAUGCAGUUAUUUCUACUUCAACCACGGGAACAUGGACAGAUCGUCAGCGGUCGGGUGUCUACUGUCGCUUGCUUUUCAGAUGAGCCAGAUUGACGAGACUCUCCGCGAACGCUUGACUUCGCUGCCACUAGGUGCUGAGACUUGGGAGCUGUUGGACGUGGUUACCAUAUGGCGCAAGGUCUUUCUGGGCUGCAUCUUCAAGGACCGACUUCCGCAGCGCCACUACUGGGUUAUCGACGCGCUUGACGAAUGCCGCAACUUCCCCCUUCUGGUCUCGCUGUUGGUCAGAGCGCCACCUGAGUUGCGCGUCUUCUUCACGAGCCGUGACAUUCCCUCAGCGAUCCAAUGUGUAGCUGCUCACGAUACAGCCGUCGAGCAUUAUCACAUCGAGGAGGAAGACAUAAUGGACGACUUGGGAAUUUUGGUCGAUAGGUGGGCAAAUCGCCUUCCAGCUUCCAAGGACGGAAUUCCUCCGACCAUUCGCACCAGAAUCCUAGAGGAGUCCAGGGGCUCUUUCCUCAGAACGUCCCUUAUGAUCCAGAAACUCGAGACUGCACGUUCCGCAGAAGCAGCGGAGGCUGUUUCGAAGGGGGUCCCCGCCAGUACGGAGGGAUUUUAUCUUGCAAUGCUGCAAAGCAUCCCCGAGGAACAUCACACUUUGGCGCAAGCCGCCUUCAAGUGGACAGUACUUGCAAUGCGACCUUUGUCGGUGGACGAACUCAGGCGAGCACUAAAAGCAGACACGGGUGAGACUAUCUAUGGUCAAGCCAGUUCCAUUUCGAUGAUCUCGGGGCGGCUCUUGACAGUGGGACAAGACGGACAGGUCGAGUUCAUUCAUCACACAGCAAAGACAUUCCUACUUCAGCAGAAACACGUUAAAGAACUGGCCAUCAACCCAUUCGCGAGCCACUCAAGGAUUGCAACCCUAUGCCUACAGUCCAUGAUCGCAGAAUUUGGUGUCAAGUUCAUGGAUCGUAAAUUUCGCCAAAGCUUGGACCCAGCAACAAGCCCCGUGGACAUUACACAAUAUGCCGCCGUACACUUCUUGGAUCAUCUGCUACACUGUGCCCCGGAAGAUCGAAAAGCAUGGAUGGCGCUAUCCGAGUUUUUAGAAAAUCAUGUAUUGAUAUGGGGGGAAUUUCUCGCACGAUUAGGGAAGUUGAAGCACGUGGCUCGUAUAGCCAGCAGUUUGGAGCUGUACAUGAAAACCGGUAACCAUCAGUCUCGUCUCGUAUUCGUUGACUACGAGGCUUUAAGGUCGUGGGUUCACGACCUGAGGAAAAUAUGUGCCCGGUUCUGGACUUUCAUCCACACUUGCCCUUCGGCGAUGCGGACCUUGAUCCCUUCGCUCUGCCCUUCAACGUCAAAGAUGGCUAAGUUCCACGGCUCCCCCGAUACGGGUCUGAUUAUCAAAGGCCUGGACCACAAGGCGUGGAGUGAGAUUGUCGCGAGAAUGAACUAUGAAGCAGCCGAGACCAGUGCUGUCGCUCUUGGAGAUCUUCAUACGAGCGUCGCUCUAUCGGACGGCACGGUUUUCCUCUAUCCCCGCAACUCACCUGAGCCCAAAGCGAAAUUUAAUCAUGGAGAGCGAGUCAACCUGCUGCGGAUCAGUAGCGACAACAUAUAUCUGGUCGCCAGCGGUUCGCAGAAGGUGAGGAUCUGGGAACUUCGGAAUUUACGCGAAGUGCGGGCUAUAGAUGUUCAAGAUCCACCACUGUCCCUGGUGUUCAGCCCGGACAACACCUCCCUGGUCGCCGCAACGGAGGGCAACGAUGCUAUUACCUGGCACAUACAAGAGCACCCACAGGAACCAUCGAUUUGGUCGUGGACUGACGUUUUUAAUCACGAUUUGGCCGAGCCUCCAGACAGAGCUCUUCUCUCCGAUGACGGUACAUUUCUGGCAGUCACAUACGGACCGGGGCCCAUAUACCUUCUGCAGGUAAAUUCAGACCGUUUGGUAGCAUGCUUUUGCAGGGACACCUUUGCCGGCGGACAACAUGCUGUGGCAGCUCUAGCAUUUCGAUCUGGUCCCGGUUACGAGCUUCUGAUCGCAUCUUACACAGACGGGGAGCUGGUAAUCUACGACAGGUGGACCACAGAGCCCACUUACCGUGCUGCUGUGGUAUUCGCUCAGCACCUCGCAUGUUCCCCAGAUGGUCGAUUCCUAGUCACUGGCGACCCACAGGGCUUUAUCAAAAUUUUCCGGUUCACAGGUACGCAGGAGACGGGACUGACAUUGAUCUAUGAGGUCGAAUCCCUUGUGGAUACAAUGAUGGGGAUCGCGAUCAGCCGUGACAAUUUACGGUUCGCAGAUAUUCGAACCUCUCAAUGUCGCAUUUGGGAACCGGAAGUGUUCAUCAGUCGUCAGCUUGAAGCUGUUAGUGGAAGUGUGCCCAGCAAAGCGGUGAAACUUUUCGAUGACAAUGCAGAGUGGCUCGAAGGUGUCCAAGGGUCGAAGAUAACAGCCAUGUGCCUCCAUUCCAAUGGACGGUACGCAUUCUACGGAACGGCAGACGGCAGCAUAUGGUACUAUGAUAUCGAGAAGGCUAUCCAGAGGGAAGUCCUCUUUAGCCAUCCGACGAACAGCAAGAUCACGUGCAUUGCUUUGUGCGAACAGGCAUCAGCACUCGCAAGCGCUGACGAAUCUGGCCAAAUCAUGAUCCAUUCCUACGUGUGCAAGGCCACUGCCACUAAAUGCUCUCCGGGCGUAUUUCUGCAUGGCCUCAUCCACAAGGAAACCGUGCGGUCUAUGGUUUUCAACACACCAGGAACGCGACUGGCAUUGCAAGGGAGCCGAUCGGUUCGAGUCUGGAGGAUGCAGGGAGCCGACACAUAUGUGCGAUUGGAGCUUGAUCCCACUGAGAGCGAGGGUCUUGUUCUCGGCACUCAUACGAAUCCGCACUACUUCCUGGCUGCUAACCCUCGACGCUGCCACGUCGUCGCUUGGGAUGACAGACCAGAUCUGAUAGCCGAAGCCAUAUUAGCGAAGACUAAUCACAAAAAGAAAGGAAGCUUAAAGAAGCCGCCGCCCAAUUAUUUCACUUCUGUGGGGAAACGCUAUGAUGAAUCCGAGAACAGACAGGUUUCCACGUUUCUGGCGUGGGAAAUUGACCACCUUGCGCCCCCUCACCGAGACAGUCACGAAGCGGUCCAGCUGCAUGGCCUCGAGACGGUCCUCAGCAAUGUCUUACAGGUGAUCAGUGUCUUUGGGAAUCUUCUUGUCUUCGUCGACAUGGACUUCUGGGUGUGCACACUUGAUAUCAAGCGAUGGAAUCAGAAACGAACCCUUGCGUGGAGGCAUUUCGUCCUCCCUGGUGAGUGGAAAGGGUCUGAUCCGUACUUCCUCAUCCAUUUUGUGACCCCGAGACGCGAGUUCGUGUUGGCUAAGGGGCAUGAGAUUCUUCUCAUGAGGCGUGGCCUAGACUGUUGUGCCUUAAUGGUGACGUGGCGAGCUCCCGAGGAUAACGGUGGUGCAGUGUCCUUAGGAGGGUGAUAGAGCAUUCUCGUGUUGCUGCUGUUGAUACUGCUGCCACUAAUACACAUCGGCAGGCGAUUGUCGAUACGGCAGGUCAAAUGUGUUCAAGUCAACUACAGCGCGGAAGUAAUGGUAAUAUGUUUUCUACAAUGCAUACACACUGCUGCGGUUAGCAGCUCCUACGAACA